GGUGUGUUUCGGAGGGCCAGACUCAUGCUGCUAUAGCACACUUCCAGUCCAGCAGCUAAGUAAACAGGCUGUGCGAUUCCACACGGAGGGGCCGCCGUCUCUGGACCCUCAUUGGUCUGGACAGGCUUGAAAGCCUCCAUUGAGCCAGUCAGGAGGAAUUUGAGGUACUAAUGCCGCUCUCAGGAGGAGGAAUUUGUGUGAUUUUGGUAAACAGCUGACCGCUCACUUUGUGAGCUCUGCCCUCCUCCUCCUCUUCUUCUCUUUGGUUUCUCUCUGGCAGUUCGUUCUCUCUGUGUUGAACUGCAUGAACUAACAAGCCACAGUCCACUUUGGUAUUAUUCCAUUGAUCAAUCAUGCCUUUGGUGAACUUGUUUGGAUCAAAGGGGAGGCUGGUGCUGAGCGCUCUCCUCAUUUGUGCCGUAAUCUUGGAAUUAGCUUAUUGUCAAAAAGACGCCCAGGAACAGAGGACCACUCCAGGGAGGAAGUCCAAACCAAGCAAACCCAAACUUGGGAAAUCAACAAAUAAAGGGCCCAGAGUUGUAACAGCCAAACUCAAGACCAAAGCUACACCUGCAGCCCGGGCACAGGCCUCCCUCACGCAGGUGCUUAACAGAGGGAAGUUUAAGAAGGUGGCAGAAUCGAUAAGUGUGCAGACAGGAGACACUCUGGAGCUGAGGUGCAGGGGCAAACCUGUGCAGUGGAGCGUCCCCACGUACCUGGAGGAGGACGAUGAUGGAAGGCUCAGUAUUGUCCAGCAGGAGCGAUAUGGCGUUCUGACAUUGGUGAACACUACCGGUGCAGACACGGGGGAGUACACUUGUUAUCCUAUGUACUGUGAAGAAACAGACUGCAGGAAGGAGUACGACAAAGCUGUCAAAGUCUUCGUCUUCUUUCCCGAUCCACAAGAACUGUUUGUUCCAUCGGCUGAAUACUACGAGGUGAUUCAGCUGAGAACCAACUGGCCGACGCUCCUCCCCUGCCAGGUGACGUCACCUGAGGCUAAAGUGACUCUGCACCGCGAGUUUCCACCCUCGGAGGUGGCGGUGGACGGGAGGGAGAUCUCCUUUAACGUCAAGAAGGGCUUCACCAUUCAUCGCCCCCGGCCUCAUCAUGCCGGAGCCUUGUUAUGCGUCGCCAGUCUGGGCAACCUGAGGCAGAGCUCCACCAAGUACAUGCUCAUCUAUGUCAACUACCCCAUGGCUCCUCCCGCCCCAGUGGUCCAGGCCUCGCCGAGCUCGGUGGCCGUGGGGGAGAAUCUGCGUGUCAGCUGCUCUGUGGUGGGAGAACAGGAUGUGGUCGUGGAGUUUACCUGGGAAUACCCAGGACAGCAGAUUGGGAGGCCUCUGUACACACAGGAGAGCAUCAGUCCAGACGGUGGAGGAGCGGCUCGACAGCAGUCUCAGUCUGUCCUCCUGGUGGACGAGGUGAGGGACGUGGACCAGGGGACGUACACCUGCACUGCCCAGAACCUACAAGGAGCCAAAUCCGUGUCCACCACUGUUAAAGUGGUCCCCAAAGCCAAACCUAAGAAACCAUAAACCAUUAAAACUGGAUGAUAUCACUAAGAUGAGAGAGAGGGUGGAGGCCAAGUGCAACAUGUUGCUCUAUCACAGUAUUACAGUAAACAGUAUUUUGGUCACAUAUGAAUAUAUAAUUACAACACAACUCAUCUUCUUCUUCUGUCACUAUGAGUGGUGGAAAACAAACUGCAGCAUCACAAUGAUAACAGAUGUUGUUGUUUAGAUGAAUGUAUGUAAAUUGUUUUGCAUUAAGCUUGUGUACUCUAAGUUUUUUAUACACACAUUGUUGCCUAUCUUUUUCUACUUAUUUUUUAUUGUGCAUGAACUCACCAAACACAAGCAUGCAAAAUAA